AAAUAUGAAGCCCUUUUAGUUAAAGAAAAGUGCAUGGUGUUUUUCGGUUAAAUUAAAAUUAGUCUAAACCUUUUUCAUUAAAACUCCCAAAUUAAAAGUAGGACGAAAGUGAAAAACAAAUCAAAUUACUUGGACCAAAAAUGUAAUUAAAAAACUUAUAAGUCCCCACGCAAACUUCACCCCACCAAAACCCCGAAGAAAACCGCGCACAAAAAACGCCACUCUCUCGUUCAAAAAAAAAAAAAAACCCACUCUCACAGCUCCGCUGUCCGCCACCGUUCACCGGAACAAACAGAAACCACAGAGUAGCCGACGAUGAACCUCGAUGACCUCGACGCGCAGAGCCAGGUCCCUUCCAGGCCCAACCGGUUCGUGCCCCGGUCCUCCAAGGCCAAGCCUAAACCCAAAUCCGAACCCGUCGCCAAACAAGAACCGGUUCCGAAGCCCGACCCAGAAAAGCCAGAGCUCAAACCUACGCGAGUAGAACUGGACGCCCUAACUGUGAAAAAGAAAGACGAAGAAGAAAGCGCCCCGAAGGCCGAGGAUUCAAAUGGCGGUUUGAAAACAGAAAACGACGAUGUUUCGAAAGAGGAUGAUCCAAUGGGAGAAGACGAACCGGAAGACGAAGUCGUGCGGGAAAUCAACGUCUUCUUCAAUCCGAAAAUCGUCGACAACUCUAAGCUGUAUGUAUUGCAAUAUCCUCUUAGGCCAUGGUGGCGACCAUACGAGUUGGAGAGCCGGUGCGAGGAGGUGAGGCUGAGUCCCACAACUUCAGAAAUGGAGAUUGAUUGGUCACUUGAUCGGGACCUGAAGAAUUUCGAUGAAGAUUGCGCUAGCAGAUUGAAAAUGACAAAGCAGACUUUGUCUACAACAUGGAAGUCACCCGGCACAAGUGGCUAUGCCGUUGGUGUUUUGAUGGGCAAUAAGUUACACUUGAAUCCUGUUCAUGCAGUUGUGCAGCUUCGACCCUCAUUGGAUCAUUUGAACUCCAGUGGCUCAAAAAGGAAGAACAGUGUCAAGGGGAUGCAGAAGUUACAGUUAAGUUGGAAGACUCUGGACAAGAAAAACCUAUGGGUCCAUCAAAGAUGCAGGUUCUCUCUGUCAUUUUGUUAUUUUGUUACAGAAUUAUGGCUCUUUAGUGAAGAACUAUUGGAAAACAAGCGGAUGGAGUCUUCAACUGAGAAAAAAACUGAAGACGAAGAGAGUUGGCUUCCACUUCGGUAUCAUAGCUCAAAAAGUGAUUUCUCGGCCAGAUACUUACGGAAGAUGGUGGUGCAAGAAAGUUCACCUAUAGAAUUGACAAUGAGCCCGCAUGACUAUGUUGACUCCUUGUGUCCUAAAACAUGCAAAGGUUCUUCAAGAAGGUCUCUGCUUUCCGUGCCUCUGGAAGAGCGUAUCAAGAAGUUAAUUGUUGAGGAACCUGUAGUCCGCUGGUUCGGUGAUCUUAAGAAGUACUUUGCUCCCGAUCACACCACGGAAGAACUUCUGGAUGUCCUUCAGAAGCAUUCUCAGUUACUGCUGUCCUCUGGUCUUUGGGUUCCAAAAACCUUAUUAUUAUAUCCAAAUAAAGAUGAGAAAGGCUUGGAUAUAAAUCAUAUAGCAAAUAAAGAUCAUAAAGAUCGACAGACAGCUAGAAGUUACGUUCUGAAUUUAUCUCGGAAGAACCCUGUAAUCAGAAAUUCUCAUCUAGACCUCCAAGAGGGCAUUAAAAUUCAUGUGUAUGAUUCCCUCAGAAUACUAGCUGUCUCAAGACCUUCCACUCAAGAUUUGAAAUUCAAAGAGCAACCAGAUAUGUCAUUCAUGGAACUCUACCCAGACAUUGUUAAAACCCAAGAACAGAACUGGGAGAGGAUGGAAGAAAAGUUGAGGAUAGCCGUUAAAUCUAAUACUGACCGUUAUUUGAAGUGUGCUAGUAUGACUACUACACCUGGCAAAUCACUGAAUUCUGGUAAAGGUACGACAAAAGGUGCAAGUGAAGUUCACAUUGGGGGAAGAACCAUGUCAGAUGAAACUCGAGCAGCUCUACAAGAGGCUAUAAAGGAAGUUUUUCAAGAUCACAAGGCUCGUCAACUUGAGCUGCAGAGAGUAAUAAGUGAAAUUACGAUAGACAUACAUGGUUCGUAUGUCUUGAAAUCAUCACCAGAUCACCCAGAGCAUGACAAAUUGAGGAAGGUUAUUAUUGAUCUUCUAUGCGCUAAAGGACCUAAUGCUAAGCUCAAAAGGGGUGAGGUUUCUGAAGCAACUAAGAUUUCUCUUGGGCAGGAAUUCACUUCCAACGAAUUCAGCAAGGUCAUUAAUGAGUUCUGCGUGUCCAGCGGUUCUUCAUGGGUCUUAAAAAAGGGUCACGGCGGAAACCGAUUUUGGAAACCUGAUGAAACAGAUUGAUUUGUUCGUUCUGUUUCCAGGGAAUAUAUUGUCGUAGACUCCUAGUAUAAUACUAGAAUCGUAGAAUGAUAGUUUUGUGCAUACACAUACUAAACAUGAAAUUGUCUUGUCGUAAAUCGUCGUCGUUCUAUUAUGAAUGAAAAGAAGUAAAGAUUACAAUUUAAAGGGACGUUCAUCUGCCACUCAAGAAAGAAGUUGAUUUGCUGUGCUCUAAUUGCUUGCAUGAGGGAAGAUAUGUUUCUGAAAAUUGCAAGUACGUGAUCUCUCAAUAGGAAAAAAAAGAAAAAAAACUAAUGGAA